AUGAUCAGAAGACCCCCCACUACCUUGCAACUCAGUCACGACGACGUGUCCUCCCUGAUCGAUGACCUUAACGAGCAGAAACUUAAGCAGCAGCUGAAUGUCCAAAAGACAAAAUAUUUCCAAGGGAAAAACACCACCUCGCUACGGUCUCAUACAGACAUCCAAGAUGUGUCACAAAAUGUCGAAGACAACGACGAUGAUGCCGACAUGUCUUCUUGUAAUGACAAACCGGCCUCUGUUGCACACAACCGAAUCCGCAAUUCCUUGCAUCUCUCCGCCGACAGCAAUACCACCCAUGAAACACCCAAUGCAAGCGACAAUCCUUUCUACAUUCGUGAGGAAUAA